AUGAAGAGGAAAAGAGACAAGAGACGCGGUCGUCUGCCCGUUUCCACCGAUCAAUACACCUCGGCUCUGCUUCCAACAGUGGAAACCAACGCCAACAGCAGCAGCAGCAGCAGUAGCAGCAUUCUCAAAGAGAAAAAUGUUACAGGCGCAGUGCAAUCGUUUCGAGUGAGACCGGCAAAUAGUUCAGUAUCAGAAGGUGGUGAUGUGCUUUUAAAUUGUACGGUUGAUAACAGAGUUGGAAUCGUUCAGUGGACCAAAGAUGGAUUCGCAUUUGUCGUUCAACAAAAUGGUGAAAUUGUCGGUUAUCCAAGGUUAAGGCUAGUUGGUGAACCAACUGCUGGAAUUUACAAUUUGAAGAUAACAAAUGCAUCUUUAAGUGACGAUGGAGAAUAUCAGUGUCAAGUGGGACCAUUUCUCAGAGCAAAAGCAAUUCGGGCCAACGCGCAUCUCAACGUUAUCUCUCCUCCACAAACGGUUGAAAUUAUCAGUCAUCCACAUUUGGAUAAAAUAGAAAUAAAAGCUGGCGAUACAUUAACAAUGGAAUGUGCAGUGCGAAUGGCUAAACCAGCUGCUACCAUAAUUUGGUAUCGAGAAAAUGUUCCAAUCAAAGGAGGUGAUGUCAACAUCGAUUCAAUACCAGUUUCCGAUGACAAAGAAAUAUUAAAGGAUCAGGGUAAUAAGAAGAAACCAAUGAAAUUUGACACAUCUGGAUCAUUGACUAUUACUCCAUCUCCUGAAGAUGAUGAAAUGAGUUAUACCUGUGAAGCAAGACAUCCUGCUAUUGGAAUUGAUAGACCAAUGAGAGCAACUGUCAAAUUAUCUGUUUUCUAUCCUCCCGGACCACCUCAGAUAGAAGGCUACACCGAAGGGGAAACUCUUCAACGUAGACAGCAAGUUCAAUUGGUGUGCAAGUCUCUAGGUGGCAAUCCACCCGCACAGGUCGUUUGGUUUAGAAACGGUGAGCAAAUAAAUUCGGCUUACCGUACUGAGGGCCGAACAUCGCAGAAUACACAAACUUUUUUGGCUCAAGCACAGGACAACAAAGCACGAUACACGUGCGAAGUCUCAAAUAUCAUGAGUGUUCAACCAAUGAAAGCUCACGUCGAUCUCACUGUUCUUUUUGCUCCCAGUGGUGUGAAAAUAUCCGGACCAACCGAAGCGAAAGCAGAUGAAAAAGUUGUAAUAACUUGUACGACGGAAAAUUCAAAUCCAACUGCAGAAAUAAAAUGGACAAUAGAUAAGCAUAUUAUUUUGAAUAUGACGUCGAGAACUGAAAUUGCGCCAGAAGGUGGUUUUAUCACAAGUUCUAAUGUUACAUUUGCCAUUAACAAAGCCGCUCAGAAGGUCGUUGCAAUCUGCCAGGCACUAAACCAAAAGCUCACUGAGACCAUUGUGGGAACACAUACAAUUAACGUGAUUUAUCCGCCAUCACAUUUACGAAUCACUGGCUAUGAAGAAGGUACAACGAUACAGGCGGGAAAUGUUUUAAAAUUGGCUUGUUCAGUAACAUCAGGAAAUCCACAGCCAACAAUAACGUGGUAUAAGAACGAGCAGAAGGUACCUGAUAUAGUCAGGCAUCACGAACACAUUGUCACAAAUGAACUUGCUCUCUUAAUCAACGCCUCGGACAACAAGGCUCAUGUUAAAUGCGAGGCAACCAAUUCAGCAACGAAAUUUCCCAUGUCACAAAAAUUAAUCCUCAAAGUUCUCUUUCCUCCGGAUAAAGUGAAAAUAACAACAGAUCCAAAAUUAUUUGAAGCCGGUGGUUCAGGAAAGUUAAUAUGCGAAUCAAGUAGCAGUAAUCCUGCGGCUGAAAUGUCCUGGUGGAUGGGAGGAAUACCUGUCGAUGGCACUGAAAAUUCAACAAAACCAGGUCUUCACGGUGGAUAUGUUUCAAUUGUCACACUACCUUUAGACUUUAAGGAAUCUAUGAACGGCAAUGUUUAUACAUGUCAGGCGAGAAACGCCGCUAUGGAGAGAUCUGUUCACGAUGCAAUUACACUAAAUAUUCUUUAUAAGCCAAUUUUCACAAAUCCAGAAACGAGUGAAUUAAUAGGAAUGGAAAAUGAACCGUAUAUUAUAACAUUGCAAACAAGAGCAAAUCCAACGAAAGUAACUUACACUUGGACACGAGAUGGAUUACAUCUUCCUGAUAAAGGAAGAAGAAUGACAGCUCGAGGGCCUACAUUGAAUAUCACAAGACUCGAGCGAUUGGACUCGGGUAGUUACGUGUGUGAAGCAAUGAACGACAAAGGAACCACAUUUUAUCAUUUAAAUUUAACAGUUCAAUAUCCUGCAAAAAUUUCAAGGACAUCAACAUCUGGCGUUAUUUAUCCACCAGGAAAAGAAGCGAAACUUUUUUGUGAAGUUGAUGGAAGUCCAAUGGGUGAGGAAUAUAUCACGUGGUACAAAGCUGGAACGAGUAUUGAAGUCUUUGGGAAAUAUUCACUUUCAUAUGUGAAUAAGACGUCAUUUCUUCAUAUUGAAAAUCCAGGAAGAGAUGAUGUAGGCGAAUAUCAAUGUAACGUUAACAAUGGAAUUGGAAAUGUUACAUCAAGUCCAAUAUUAUUUAUCACAAAUUUCAUUCCGGAAAUGGCGAACUCGCCACUGACAAGAAAAGCAGCCGCCGUUAGGGGAGUGAACGCGCAACUUUUUUGUAAAGCACGUGGAUCUCCUUUACCGGAAUUUUUAUGGUAUUUCAAUGGAAAAGCACUUUCGCCUAAUCUCACUGAAUAUAAAUACGGCUUUACGUCAAGUAACUUAUCCGAACUCUAUGCACAAUCGGUAUUGACAGUGAAUCGUGUCAUGCAAUACGAUUAUGGAAAAUAUAAAUGUCUAGCUCGUAAUAAAAUGGGCGAAAAUCAAGAAUUAAUUCAAUUAGAUGUCACAUCACCGCCAGAUCAACCAUCGGAUUUGGAAGUUUAUAAUGUAACACACGAUUCGGUUAUGUUAAUUUGGAAACGAGGUUUUGAUGGUGGAUUGCCGACAUCGCAUCAAAUUCGUUGGCGUCAAGCACUCGACAAUGAAGAACGUUAUCAUUAUUUGGAUGUGUCACCGGGAGAUUAUAAAGCACUUAUCACUGGUCUUUCAUUGGGAACGUAUUAUGUCUUUAGUAUUAAAGCCAUGAAUUCAAAAGGCGAUAGUCAUUUCUUGCCGGAUCUAGUCAAAGUUCAAACACUUCUGCCAAAUAAUGCUGAGAAUGUACCUGAAGUCCUAUUGGAAAGAGGUGACAUCCCUCUCAAUUAUAUCUAUACAGUAGCAGCAACGUCAAUCGUCUUUUUUAUUAUUAAUCUCUUCGUCAUGUUGUGGUAUAUUGUCAGAAAGAGAAAUAAAACUCGAAUAAAUAAAUCGCAUACGGCAGAUAUGUACGCACCGUCAACAGUGAAUGGUGACACGAUAACCGGUGAAUUAAGUUCAGUAUCGGAUGAGAAGAGUGACGUGAAUUUCGACGCUAAUGAUUAUGUGGAUGAAGGACGAAAAACGGCAGCUAGUACCUAUUUGAUUGAUUCCGGUAUGCAGGAUUAUGGAAAAAGUAGUUUAGAAAUGCAGGUACAUCAUCAAGGUACAUUAAGCCGUCGCAAUCAUGUUCCUAGUGUUAUGAAUAUGGAUUCACCGCCACAACGAACAACAGCAAGCGGUACACUCUCGGCCUCGAAGUCGAGUUAUAUAGGGAAUCCGAGUCCAGCCCCACCUUCCGAAGUAAACUUCUACAGUGUGGAGAUGGACAAUGGCCUCUUUAUGGGAUAUGAAGUUGACUCAAGCCCGGGCCCAAUAAUGGGGGAUCCGGGUCCGGGUGCCUAUUAUCCUUCCCUAGGAUCCAUUGGACACAUGGGUCCAUUAACAACAGUGAUGACAGGAACAGGGACGUUAAAUCGAAACAGAACACUUCCGCGGCCAGUCCCCCCCCCAGACGUCACUGUUAUGACUGCAGGAAUAAAGUCGCAACUACCGCCUUCGGUACCCCCCCCGCCAGCUACAUUUGCACGUGCGGCCCACAUCCCCGUCAAUUCCCACGGGCACCCAUUGUCAACUUUCACAUCGACACCAACAUAUUCUGAUAUCGAUGGUCAUCUUGUCUGAAACAUGGACACAUUAAGAUCAAAUAAGAAGAAGAAAGUAUCUACCUGUCCCUCUGAUAAUUAUACUCAACUCAGCCCAAAAGAGUGCACUCGCCUAUAGAUAAAAAAAAAAAAAAGAAGAGAAAAAGAUUGUUUAUAGUAAUUAUCUUUUAAGUCAGUGGUGAUCCCUCCUUCGCUAUAUUAAAAAUUAUUAAAUAUAUAUAUAUAUAUAUAUAAAUUUUAAGUAAUUUGACACACAAUUUUUGUGAGCGACGAUUUCAAAAAUCGUUACUCUCAAUUUGUCGUGUCAUUAAUGUAUAUUUUGUAUAGAACAAAAAAAAAAAUCCUCGUUUUGUAUAGGAAAAAAAACUAACUGUAAAUGACGAUUCUGAUGAAUCGAAAAAAAAAUUCAUUCCUUGAUUCAAGUUUUUGAAAUCAAAAUUUCUUUUUUUGAAUUUUUAUACAAAAAACAUCAUUCCCUUUUUUAUAUUCUGAAUCUUUUUUUUUUUUUUUGAUUCAAAUCAAUUUAUCAGUGCUUGAUAUUGCAUACUAUUUUUUUCUUUAGUUUAUAAGUUUGUAUAAAUGUAAUAACCUAUUAAUAGUUGUUUAUCUAAUUAAAUAAUUUGUUAAUAUUAGAAAUGUUAUUUCUUUGUUAAUUAGAAUUAAAAAUUCCCUCCCCAAAAAAAUAGGACUUAAUUUCAAGCACUGAAAUUCAAUUUUUUAAUCGAUAUUCUUAAAGUCAAUAUUACUAUCAAAAUAAUGGAAAAAAAACUGAUCUAAAUCUCUAAUAGACUUUUUGCCUUUUAUGGAUCAAAGUGUAUAUCAAAUUUUUACUUCUAUAAAAAUAAUUCCCAACCCCCAAAAAAAAGUAAGGCUUUAAAAAUAUCUGCAUUUAUUCUGCACAAAUUUAUUCUUGUGAAAAAAUUAAAUUUUUUUCACGCAUUUUUAUUAAAAAAAAAAAAACAAACAAACAAAGACUCGAAAGUGAUUGUUUAUACGACACUACAUCUUUGAAAAGACAAUAGCUCGUAAGUUUUGUUGUGAUGAUUUUUAGUUUUUUUUCUUAUGCUCACUGGCAAAGCCAAAAAUUAAAAAAAAAAAAAUGCAAAUAAUGAGAAAAAGUCGAAAAUUUUAGCUUUUCACAGUGAAUAUUUAUUUUUUUUUUUUUGUUGAUCUUUACUAAAUUGUAAAUAAAUUAUUAUUAUUAAUUAUUCAUAUUUCUCACACUCGGCAAACUAAUUCAAAUGGAUCAUAUGAGGGUCUCACUAAAUGCUGUAGCCUAUUUAAAAAUAAUAAUAAUAAUAAUUGAGAAUGUGCUGAUAAAACGUUUAGAAUUUAGUGUAAAUUUUUUGAUGAAAUUGUUCGAAUUAUUGAGAAUGAAACGUGUUUCCGUUUGUUGAAAGCCUAAGUAGUUGAAAUAUAUUUUUGAAAAAUGAAAACGUAAAAUAUAUAUUCUCUAUAUGUUUGGCCUAUUUCUAAAAAAAAAACAUUUUUUAAGUAGGUAACACAUUAUCAUUUUUUUUUAAAAACAUUUUUAAAAACAUUUUUAAAAAUAGUGAUUUUUUAACAAAUUUUCUGUAACAAUUAAUUAUUUUACAAAAUAUCGAAUUCUAUAUAAUUUAAAAAAAAUCGUUACACACACAAAAAUGUGUUACAUGCUUAAAUAUGUUUAAAAAAAAAAAAAAAUUUGAUAAGCCGUGUUUACGUAGCGUAUGCCAUUGUUGUUUGAUUAUUGUCCUGAUGAUUUGUUAUACUGUAGAGUUUAACAAGCUUAAAAAAAAAAAAUGUGUAUUGUUAUCUGCUGUUACGUGUGGAGCCGCGGAGACCGGCUUAGACUGAUGAUAUUAAAAUUAAACGUAUGCUCAAUUAGAGGACAUGUUCGCGCAUAAUUAAGAAUUCUAUUUACAUAUACAUGUUUUAUAUUUGUAAUUAAAAAAAAAACAAAAAAAUCAUCUAAUCUUAAAUAUUACCUGAAGAAUUAUUAUAAUAGAUAAUUAUGUAAUCUCCAAAGUAUUUGCUCAUCAAAGUGCUAAACUUGUUAAGAAAAAAAAAGGAGAAAAGAAAAUAGGACCGAUAUUCGUCCAAAAAAAAAAAAAUAGUACCUUGGAGAUGGACAUACCAUCUAGCCGCACGAUAUUUCAUAUUUUACAUAUAUAUUAUAAAUAUAUAUAAUAAACUCAUAAUUCCGUUGAUUAUUCUAAGACAUAGUCAAUCCUAAUUAAACAAUCACUAAGAAUAUGACAUUGAAUUAAUUGACGUAAUUUUUUGUAUAUAUUGUAAAUAAUUUCUAGAUAGAUAUGAAAUUAAAUUACAUUACGAAUUAUAUCAGCUGCGGGGGAGUUUAACAAAAUCGAGAGCUUUAUUAAACAUGUCGCUGUUUUUAUUAUUUGUUUCUUUUUUUGAAGUAUUCACUAACAGUGAUGAUUCAAUUUUCUUCAAGUAAUUGUGGUAUUUAUUUUUUAAAUUUUUUCCUCAUCUGUGAUUGUCUAAAGGAAACAAAUUAAAUUUUAAAAAAAAUGCAAAAGAUAACAAAUUUAGAAAAUAUAAAAGCAAACAAAUAAAAAAUAAAAGUAAAGACUUUUUAAAAUAAAGAAAGAAUAUAAAACAAGGACACGAAAACUAAUUCAAUUACUUCUCUUCGUGUGACAAAAAAAGGGGGGAAAAAAAUUAACAAUCAUCACUAUUAUUGAAUAUGAAAAAAAAUAUUCACAUUUUGUAAAGAAUAAACAAAAGCUCCUCGAUCGAUGUAAUAUAUAUUUAAAGAUCAAUCGCACAUUAAUUGUACAUAUAAAUAGUAUUUUUACAUUCUAAUUCUAAAUUCAAAUUCCAAAUCUAAAUGGUACGGUACUCUGUGUGCUUCGCCUGUCGUCUUUGCACUACUGAAUGAGAUUAAAAAAAAAAAUUUUCAUCGCAAAUGUCAAAAAAAAAAAAAAAUAAUAAUAAUAAUAAUAAAACGAGCACAUGUUGUACGAUUCUCAAUAUAUGCGUUUUACAUUUUGCAAAUGAAAAAAAUAAUUUCUCAAUAAUGUACUUAAGUGUAUUUUUAAUUAUUGUGACGCAGCGAAUCACAGAGAUUCGUUGAAAACCACAUAUUUUUCAUUUUGCUGCGAAAAUGUAUAUUUUUGUAUGUCCCAAGUUUUCCUGCAAAAAAACAAAAAAAAAAGGAAUUCUUAUAAUAGUGAUCUCAAAAUACGUUAGAAGUUUCCUAAGCAGUCGUGUUGAACUUUAUUUUCAAAUUCUAAAAUGGAAUUUUGUUCUCUUGACAAAAAAAAGAUUUUUGUAAUAAAUUGAACAUUUGACAAAUUUCAAAAUGAAGCUGGUUAAAUUAAAUUGAAAAUUUUUAAAAAUAGUUUCUCUAUAAAUAAUAGUUGUCUGAUAUUUUGGUUUCUACGAUUUGAUAAUAGAAUUCUGACAUUUUGAUUUAGAAGAAAAAAUUAUGAAAAAAAAAACAAUUUUUGUUAGACAUGCGAUUAUCAUAAUUGACAAAUAUUUUGCUGAAAAGAAAGAUUAAACAUAAAUUUAUAUUUUAAUUAAUAAUUUCAAUUAUAAAUAAAAAAUUUUAUAUAUUUAUUUAAAUUAUAAUAAUAUUUACAAUAAUUAAUAAAUAAAACAUAAAUUUAUGUUUCAUUAUAAGAAAAUUUUUUUUCAAUAUUCAACAAAAAUUUCUUUUGUCGUUUUGAUUAUCGUAAUCCUCUAAUUCGAAAAAUAGUGUACAAAAACAGAAUUAUAUUGAUAUAGCUUUUUAAAAAAAAACAGCUUCUCAAUUUGAAAAUGCUCAAAUUCAAGAAACUAUAAAUAUAUUAGCUCAUUUUUUCAGCUAAUUGUACACUCUAAAUGUAAAACUUUAAAAAAAAAAAUUGUUCAUGAAAAAAUAAUAGUGAUAAAAAAAAAAUUUGUGUUUUUGAAAUUUAUACUAAAUAUUUAAAAAAAUUUAAUGAUUGUUGGAUAUCAGUAUGUUGCUCAUUAACGAGAGAGAAAGAAUGAAAAAAUGAAAGAGAGAAAAAAAGGAAAGAAAGGAAAAAAAAAAUUAUUGAGAAAAUGAGAAAAAGAGAACAUUUUCAAAGUAUGUAUGCACGGAGGCAGAGUGAAGCUCAACACGCUAGUCCUUAAUUUAAAACCAAAGUAAAAAAAAAAAUAAAUAAAUAAAUAAAAAAAAAAUAAUUGAAAAUUACGUAGCUUGUAAGAAUCUCCAUUAUAAGUAUAUACACUUUUUGUGUCUAUACAAAAAAAAAAUAAAUACAUUACCGAUUCAAUCACUGUAAGUACAUAAGCGACUACAUUAAGCAGCUAAGUAAUAGUAAAAAAAAGAAUCACUCAUUAAUAUGUACCAAUUUUUCAUUUAACUUGAUUCUUUAUUCAUUGUACAACAUUAUCGACAUUUUUACCUAGACUUCUUGUGUUAAUAAUACAAAUUCUGUAUCUGUACAUUGGUUUUUCUAUAUUGCGAACAAUUAAAAAAUUGAUUGUAAACUUA